AUGCCGUUUCCAGUACCUACUUGGGAUACCCCAUUUGGUAUCCAACUCUGGCCAAUUUUUAAUGACCUUGUUUCAAAUGCAACUGGCAAUAAAUUUAUACCUUCCAAAUUUGAAUUUAUUGCUGGAAAAACUCCCAUGUCUACCUUCCCACCAGUAGCAGCAAUGAUUGCUACUUACUAUAUUGUAAUUUUCGGUGGUAAUUUUGUAUUCAAAAAAUUUCAAGUUAAGCCCUUGGUAUUAAAUGGAUUAUUUCAAAUUCAUAAUAUUGGCUUAACUACAUUGUCAUUGACCUUAUUAGUAUUGAUGGUUGAACAAUUGGUUCCUAUGAUUCACCAGCACGGAUUAUUCUACGCUAUUUGCGCCAGUGAUGCAUGGACCCAAGAGUUGGUUUGUUUAUACUACUUGAACUACAUUACCAAAUUUCUUGAAUUCAUUGAUACCGUGUUUUUGGUGGUUAAGCAAAAGAAAUUGACCUUUUUGCACACUUAUCAUCAUGGUGCAACUGCAUUAUUGUGCUACACUCAGUUGAUAGGGUUCACGUCAAUUUCGUGGGUCCCAAUCUCUUUGAAUUUGGGCGUACACGUGGUUAUGUAUUGGUACUAUUUCCUCGCAGCAAGAGGUAUUAGAGUUUGGUGGAAAGAGUGGGUAACCCGUUUCCAAAUUAUUCAAUUCGUUUUAGAUUUGGGAUUUGUUUAUUUCGGAACCUAUCAAAAAUUCGUCUUCACCUAUUUAAAGGAUUAUUUGACAGUUAUCCCAUACUGUGGUGACUGCGCAGGAACAAUGUUGGCAGCUUAUUCCGGGUGUGGAAUAUUGUCGUCUUAUUUGGUUUUAUUUAUUGCUUUUUACAUCGAUGUCUAUAAAAGAAAAUCGUCAAAAAAGUCAAAGAUUGUCAAGUCGGUUAAGGGUGGUGUUGCGGCACAAGUCAAUGAAUAUGUUUACGUUACGGGUAGAGAAUCAACCCCGGUUCCAGAAAACAAUGCAACAGUUCGUACUAGAAAGGCAUAG